UGAUUUGUGUUUUGUUUUUACCCAUAACCUCCAAUUUUGCAUGGUGGUGAAGUCUCUUGUUGAUAAACAACGCCUGUCUAUAAAUCUGAAAAAUUGAAAGAACUGCGUUGACUGUUUAUUGUUGAGUUAAAAACCGAAAACAAAAUGCGCUACGGACAAAUUGUUCUCGGCCCUGCUGGAAGCGGCAAGUCAACAUAUUGUUCAACUAUAGUUCGACAUGCUGCUGAUGCUCGGAAGAUUGUCGAAGUUGUUAACUUGGACCCUGCUGCCGAAUACUUUGAUUAUGAGCCUUUGGCAGACAUUCGUGAACUCAUCCAUGUGGAUGAUGCCAUGCAGGAUGAAGAUAUGCACUUUGGUCCAAAUGGGGGUUUGGUCUUUUGUAUGGAGUACCUGUUAGAAAAUCUUGACUGGCUGGAGGAACAGUUAGGAGAUUCAGACGAUGACUACAUUUUAUUUGACUGCCCUGGUCAAAUUGAAUUAUACACACACAUGACAGUCAUUCGUCAAUUUGCUGAAGUGCUGACUCAAAAAUUGAAUUUUAGAUUGUGUGCAGUGUUUCUAUUAGAUUCUCAGUUUUUAGUCGAUGGCCCAAAAUUUCUUUCUGGUACAAUGACUGCACUAUCAGUCAUGGUUAACUUAGAAUUACCUCAUUUAAACAUCAUAACAAAAAUGGAUCUCUUGUCAAAAGCUGCAAGAAAGCAGUUGGAUAAUUACUUGGAGCCUGAUCCACACGUGCUUCUCAGUGAACUUGCAGAUUCUUCAUCCAAGUGGAAUCAGAAACAUGCAAAGCUUUCUGAGGCCCUUGGCAAGUUAAUAGAAGAUUACAGUUUGGUGCGAUUUUGCCCUCUCAACAUUCGAGAUGAAGAAAGCAUUGCAGAUGUCUUGCUCACUAUAGAUAAUAUCAUCCAGUAUGGAGAAGACAAUGAUGUGAAAACAAGAGAUUUUGAAGAACCUGACCCUGAUGAUAAUGAGGAAUCUGCAGAUGCCUUUAACAUUUAAAGUAAGAGGAGAAUUUCUGCCUUGAACUGUGAUACUGCAUCAUCCUUUUGAAUUUUUACUCAUACUGCAUAUGCGCAAGUUUGAUCAAUUAACAGAAAACUGUGUAAAAAUGAUUGAAUUGUAAAUAAAUUAGUUUUG